AUGGAGACCAGGGCCGCUCCACCCGAAGCAGUGAAUUUCAGUGUGAAACAUUCACAAGACGUCAGUGUUGAAGUCAUAAGCCGCGAUCAGUCGGACUUGGCCCCCGCCAACGGAGCUAAACAAUGGCUGCUGGACCCCGCCACAUUCCUGCAGAUCCAGAUGACCCAGCCUAGCGUGGAGACCAACGAUAGCAAAGUAACCAUAGGAUAUUAUGGAGAGAAUGACAAACACCCUAUAAAUCAGGCUGGCAUUUUUCUAACUGGCAUAGGAAUCUCCUUGGACGUUGACGCUGACCACGAUGGUGUGGUGGAGAAGAACAACCCAAAGAAGGCUACGUGGACCUGGGGCCCUGACGGCCAGGGUGCCAUCCUGCUGGUUAACUGUGACAAAGAAAAUCCAUUCAGUAGCACGGAGGACUGUCAGGAUGAGAAAGUAUUUUCCAAGGAAGAUCUGGAGGACAUGUCCCGGAUGAUCUUAAGAACGCAAGGCCCAGGCCGGCUUCCCACUGGCUACGAGAUGGUUCUCCACAUUCCACUUUCGGACUCCGACAAGGUCGGCGUUUUUUACCUGCAGAAUCCGUUCUUCGGCCAGCGCUACAUACACAUUCUGGGCAGGAGGAAGUUGAGCCACGUGGUGAAGUACACGGGGGGCUCGGCCGAACUGGAGUUCUUCGUGGAAGGGCUGCGCUUCCCGGACGAGAGUUUUGACGGACUCGUCUCCAUCCACGUCAGUCUGCUGGAGCCGAUGGCCGAGGGUAUUCCACAGACCCCGAUCUUCACCGACACGGUCGUUUUCCGGGUCGCGCCUUGGAUCAUGACCCCAAACAUCUUACCCCCAAUCCGCGUCUUUGUGUGCAGGUAA